CCCAGACCGUCCUCCCUUUCAAUAUUUUAGUAAUGUACCCAGACCUUCCUCCCUUAAGGAAUCUGCAAUCAUCCUCUCUCUUCUUUCAGAGCUUACACUGCGAUCAUAAACGCUGGUCUUCCUUCCCUCUUCUUAUCUCCUUCUCCCAAGGACCAAACUAGGUGGCUCUCUCAUGGGUCGGGCCGCACCAGUUGCCGAUUUUGCCGAGCCAAGCUAUCAGAGGUACAAUAAUCUUGGCCCAUCAAAAUGGGAUAAAUUGUGGAGAUUCGGACUUCCACGUAGUUGGAGGCCCUUUGAGGAUGCAAUUGGAAACAAAAGGGCAAUGCAACUCCUCAACCAUCAUGGAAUUGGAGUUCAGAACGAAGAAGGAAAGAUGAAUGCGAGUGAAGAAACAAUGAAAAGCGAGCAGGUUAUUGACAUAAGGAGAUGGGAGGACCUACCUCUUGACUGUUUGGUAAAUAUUUUCAAGAGAUUGGGUGUUGAGGACAUGACAACUGGUGUUCCUUUUGUAUGCAAAUCCUGGUAUGAAGCUCAUCUCAAUCCUAGCUGCUGGAAGAUACUAGACCUUCGUGCAAUGUAUAAGUGGCCACAGAGCCCUUUUAUUGGGAGGUUCAUGCAUGAAUACCGAUUAAAGAAAUUCACAACCAGGGGGUUUCUGAAAAUUAUAAUCAAUCGUAGCCAUAAAUCACUUACCGAGCUGAUCCUCCCUGAUUACCUUCUUCCUCUGAGCGAAAUGGUCUACAUCUGCAAAGAGUGUCCAAUGGCAAAUGUCUAUGCUUCAUGGCACUCGGAACAAGAUCCAGGUUUCAUCCGCAGUUUUGUGAUGACAUUUAAUGGGGCCGUCAAGCAACACUUAAGUACAUAGUGAUGUAAAUUUCUGAAUGUAAAUAUGUUUCUGGGAGCUUCAAAAAUUUAUCCUGGUUGAUAUAUAGCUUCUGUUGUUAUUCUCUUGUUCUUAGUGACUUUCUUCUAAGAAAGAUGUCUUUUAUGAAGUAGCUAACAAGAAUAGUUUAUUGGUUUUUAUGGAGUUUUA